GUGGGGGGGGGGGGGGGGUUGAGUGGGAGAGGAACCUCAAAAGGAUAACAGAGAGAGAGAGAGAGAGAGACACACAGUGAGAGAGUGAGUGAACCCCAAGCAACACAGCUCCUGUUGAAGUGGAUCAGCUGGUGAGGCUAUGGCGUACACACUAAGUCCGACUCCUGUGACACCUGGCGCCCCCGUGCAGUACUGUGUCUGCAAGGUGGAGGUGUCUGUGUCCGGCCAGAAUCUACUGGACAGAGAUGUCACCUCAAAAUCCGACCCCUUCUGCGUGAUCUUCCUGGAAGUAAACGGCAAGUGGUCAGAGAUUGGCCGAACGGAAACCGCCAUGAAUAACCUGAACCCGGUGUUUGCCAAGAAAUUUGUGAUCGACUAUCACUUUGAAGAGGUGCAGAAGCUCAAAUUUGCCUUGUUUGACCAAGACAAGUCCAGCAAACAGCUGUAUGAACAUGACUUCCUUGGAGAAUUCUCGUGCACUUUAGGAUUGAUCGUUUCAAACAAAAAAUUGAUGAAGCCGCUUGCUCUGACCAACGGCAAGCCAGCUGGGAAAGGAACCAUAUUGGUAAGCGCACAAGAGAUCUCAGAUAACCGAGUCAUCACCCUGAGUGUGGCUGCAAGAAAGCUGGACAAAAAGGAUUUCUUCGGUAAAUCAGACCCGUAUUUAGAAUUCUAUAAGCAAGAAGAGGAUGGGAAAUGGAUGCUGGUGCACAGAACCGAGGUUAUAAAGAAUACCCUUGAUCCCGUGUGGAAAACUUUCAGCCUACCAUUAGUGUCUCUGUGUAAUGGCGACAUUGACAAAACUGUUAAGAUUUUAUGUUACGAUUACGAUAAUGAUGGCGGACAUGACUUCAUUGGUGAAUCGCAGACCAGCGUCACUAAGAUGAGUGAAGCGAGCAAUUCCAUAGAGAUCGAGCUUGAAUGCAUAAAUACCAAGAAACAAAAGAAGAAGAAAAACUACAAGAAUUCUGGAAUAAUCGUGGUCAAAUCCUGCAAGGUCACCCGAGAUUAUUCGUUCCUGGACUAUAUGCUUGGUGGCUGCCAGCUGAUGUUUACUGUCGGGAUCGACUUCACGGCAUCCAACGGAAGCCCUCGGGACGCCAGCUCGCUCCAUUACAUCAACCCCGAGGGAUCCAACGAGUACCUGUCCGCCAUCUGGGCCGUGGGUCAAAUCAUCCAGGAUUACGACACUGACAAGAUGUUCCCUGCUCUUGGCUUCGGUGCACAGUUGCCCCCGGACUGGAAGGUCUCCCAUGAGUUUGCGAUCAACUUCGAUCCGACAAACCCUUUCUGUGCAGGUGUGGAUGGUAUUGUCGAAGCGUACACGGCCUGCCUACCCCACAUUCGGUUUUACGGACCCACCAACUUUGCUCCGAUAAUAAACCACGUGGCACGGUUUGCCGGCCAGGCCAUGCAGCAGGAGGCAGCGGCGCAAUACUUCAUCCUCCUGAUCAUCACAGACGGUGUCAUCAGCGACAUGGAUGAAACCAGACACGCGGUGGUGCAGGCUGCCAUGCUUCCCAUGUCCAUCAUCAUCAUCGGGGUGGGCAACGCCGACUUCGCUGCUAUGGAGUUCCUGGACGGGGACAAUCGGAUCUUGCGCUCCUACACUGGGGAAGAGGCGGUCCGGGACAUCGUACAGUUUGUGCCAUUCCGGGAGUUUCGCAAUGCUCCAAAAGAAACUUUGGCCAAGUCUGUUCUGGCAGAGCUGCCUCAGCAAGUGGUUCAGCAUUUCAAGCAAAGGAACGUGCCGCCUGUCAACUCCGACCCAGCUUAAACAGCAACACCCCUCUCCCCCCCGCCCCACGCACACUCAAACCUGCAUGAUGCCAAAUCCCCGGCCCUCCCUCCCCCCCUACACUGAAAAGUUUACAGCAUAAAUCGUUGCAUGUUUUGCAGCAGUUGGCGCAUUUGUAACGUUUCGUUUUUAACUGUACAAAAAGAAAAUAAUUUUAAAUGACUCCAAUCUCAAUUUGUUUGUAACGAAAAUCUGGUGCUUUGUAAAUGUGUGGCGACAAACACUACAGCAGUUUGGUCAAGAAAAGUAGCCACGGUUAAAGUAUUGAAUGUAUCUUUGUAUUAUCGGUGUUAUGUAACUGUGUUUUUAUAAUUAAUGCCAAACUGGGCUUAAAUAAGUUAUGUAUUGAGAAUAGUCUAUGUGACAUGUACCUGACAGAAUUGAGAGCGAGGAUUUAUCUUUCAUUUUGUGUCCACCUUGCCUGUGUUCAAAAUAAAGUGUACUUUUGUCAAGUUGUUACAUUCA